CGUGCGCGUGCGCAGUCAGUGCGCGACAGUCCGCGCGGACGAUCGCUUGCGCGAGCUCUAUUACAUCGGAAGUAUUUAUUUAUUCUAAGUUAAAUUAAAUUAUUUAUUUUAUUUUAGUUAUAGUGACAACAGUUAAAAUGGCUGAUAAAAUUACCAGUUUAUUUUUUGUAUUUGGUAUUAUUGGAUUAUGGACACAAGCAGGUUGUGGUGAGAGUAAUAAUAAGUAUGACAAUUACACACUCUUUCGGAUAUACCCUAUAGAAGAAUCACAAUUCGAAUUCAUAAAGUUAUUACAGAGUUCAAAUGAUGAUAUAGAAGUAUUAAAAAAGAGCCGUGGAUACAACGACAGUACGGAUGUAUUAGUACCACCAAAUCGACUACAAAGCUUUAAAGAUUUGGCUGAGAAAAAUCAUUUUAACUACGACCUGAAGAAUCAAUACGGCAGGUCAUUCGAGUCUCCGGAGAGGGCACCGAGGCGGAGAGUUCUCAGAGGUUUCAGUAUAUACGAAUACCAUUCCUUUGCUGCUAUACAAGAGUUUAUCGAUACGAUGGCAAGCAAACACCCGGAAUUGAUAAAGUUACAAACGUUAGGAUCAAGUUAUCAGGGGCGAAAAAUGAAACUUGUCAAGAUAUCGCAAAACCCUCAAGCGGGGAACCCGGUUAUAUUCGUGGAUGCAGGUAUCCACGCUCGCGAGUGGGUCGCGCCCUCAAUGGCCCUGUACCUCAUCCACCGGCUGGUCAUGGACCCCGAGGCGAGGAAGCGGGAGCUGCGCGGCGUCGACUGGUACAUCCUGCCGGUCGUCAACCCCGACGGCUACGAGUUCAGUCGCACCAGUAAGGCGAAUCGUAUGUGGAGAAAAACACGAUCUAAAAGCCCUAUCUCCAAUUGCUACGGAGUGGAUGGUAACAGGAAUUACGGUUUCCAUUGGGCUGUUAGUGGAGUAUCAAAUAACCCAUGCGAUAUGGAGACGUACGCCGGACAUAAGCCGUUCUCGGAACUUGAGACACAGAUGGUGCGAGAUGUAAUGCUGUCGAACCCUAAACGAAUUAAACUUUACGUGUCAUUACACGCUUACGGCCAGUACUUGGUGUACCCAUGGGGUUACACGGCAUCAAUACUGCCCCAGAAAUGGAGGAAACUGGACGAAUUAGCUAGGAAAGUGUCGCAGGCUGUUCAGAAUGCGGGAGGUCAGCCAUUUAAAGUGAUGAGCGCUGGUCAGUGGUACCCGGCGGCCGGCGGGAGCGAUGACUUCGCAUUUGGCGCCGCUCAUAUACCAUACUCUUAUACAAUGGAACUCACAGAUGGAUUUGAAUUCGUAUUCCCUGAGAACCGGUUAAGGAAUACUUUACCUGAAUUGUACGAAGGUUUCAGAGCCUUCGCUUCGGAGAUUCGCAACGAGUUCUCAAACAAACGUUUUAGAGACCACAACGUGUAAAGACUGAUGUGAUUUCUGCAAUAUUUGUAAUAAAAUUUCGAAACUUU